GCGCGACAGUGCAGAGGGCCUGAGGAGAUAUCGCUGCUGCCGUCCCUGGUCUUCCUUGGUGACAUAGAUGGUUUUCCUUUCCUCAUGUUAUCCUUACAACUGUCCUAUGAGCUACACAUGAGAAAUGUCAAUGGAGGCUCCAAGAGAAGUAGGAGUGUGGCGGCAAACCCGAGCUCUUUUGUAUAAGAACUAUCUUGUUAAAUGGAGGACUAAGAAGAGUAGCAGUCAGGAAGUUCUGCUUCCGAUUUUCUUUUUAUUUUGGCUAAUAUUAAUGAGCAUGAUGUAUCCAAGCAAGAAAUAUGAUGAGGUUACAGAUAAUGAUCUUGGUUCUGUGGCUUACUCAAAAAUGUCCAAGUUUAUCGUUGGCUACACUCCAGUGACUGAGUUCACAAGAAAAAUCAUGACAAAAAUGUCUUCAGAAUGCUUCCAAGAAGGAAUCAUUACAGAAGAAUUUUUCACUGAGCAAGAAAUGCAAAAGGCUAGUCUUCAUAAACCUCCAAAUUUUGUGGGGGCAGUUUUUAAGGAUUCCAUGUCCUACCAUCUCAGAUUUCCUCCUACUGUGAUUCCAUUAUCUGUGAGUUAUGUAGACUCAAGAGCUAGUUGUUCAGGCCCUUCCAAUAUGUGUGAAGCUGAAAAGUACUUACGCUCUGGAUUUACAACUCUACAGAUGUGUCUUGAUGCCGCAAUUAUACAGUUGAAGACUAAUCAUUCAGUUUUGGAAGACCUGGAAUUUACAAAUGUGGUCAUGAUGGGAGAGUCUGCCAUUAUGGAAAUAGAUAAUUUUCCUCGUGCAAUCAUUUUAAUUUACCUAGUAAUUGCAUUUUCACCCUUCGGCUGUUAUUUGGCAACCCAUAUUGUCGCAGAAAAGGAGAAGAAGUUGAAGGAAUUUUUAAUGAUUAUGGGUCUUCAUGACACUGCUUUUUGGCUUUCUUGGGUCCUACUGUACACCAGUCUGAUAUUUGUCAUGUCCCUUCUCAUGUCGAUCAUUGCAACAUUCUCUUCACUUUUCCCCAAAAGUAGCAGCUUUGUGAUAUUUCUUCUUUUUUUCCUAUAUGGAAUAUCCUCCGUUUUCUUUGCAUUCAUGUUGACGCCACUUUUCAAAAAAUCAAAGCACGUUGGUACAGUUGAAUCUUUGACAACCUUGGCAUUUGGUUUUGUGGGACUGACCAUUGUCAUUUUGGAGGAUUUUCCAAAGUCUCUUGUGUGGUUACUUAGCCCUCUGUGUCAGUGCACAUUUUUAGUUGGUAUUGCACAGGUUAUGCACUUAGAAGAUUAUGAAGAAGGGGCUAUUUUCUCAAGUUUAACUUAUGGUCCUUAUCCACUGGUUAUUGCUCUGUUGCUGUUGGCCCUGGACAGUAUGCUUUACCUACUCGUAGCACUUUAUCUGGAUCAGGUGAUUCCAGGGGAAUAUGGGUUGCGUCGAAGCUCAUUCUUCUUCCUGAAGCCUUCAUUUUGGCUAAAACAAACAAGAAAUUAUAAGGAACUGUAUGAGGCUAGCAUCACUGAGAACUUAAAUUUCAGUGAGAUUACUGAACCUGUAUCUUCAGAAUUUCAGGGAAAAGAAGCUAUCAGAAUCAAUGGUGUUCAGAAAUCUUUUGUUAAAAAGGAUGAAACUGUAGAGGCACUGAAAGGUUUAUCCUUUGAUAUUUAUGAGGGUCAGAUCACAGCAUUACUUGGACAUAGUGGAACAGGAAAAACAACAUUAAUGAACGUUCUUUGUGGAUUGUGCCCACCUUCUGAUGGGUUUGCUUCAAUCUAUGGAUACAGAGUCUCUGAAAUAGAUGAAAUGCUAGAUGUAAGAAAAAUAACAGGAGUGUGCCAACAAACAGAUAUAUAUUUUGACGUAUUAACAGUGGAAGAGAAUCUCUCUAUAGUGGCCUCAAUUAAAGGUAUACCUCCAAAUUACGUGAUACAAGAGGUGCAGAAAGUGUUAUUGGACUUGGAUAUGCAGCCCAUUAAAGAUAAUCAAGCUAAAAAACUUAGUGGAGGACAGAAAAGAAAACUGUCAAUAGGAUUCGCAAUUCUUGGAGAUCCCAAGGUAUUACUCUUAGAUGAACCAACUGCUGGCAUGGAUCCAUGCUCACGACAUACAGUUUGGAACCUUUUGAAACGCAGGAAAGCAAAUCGAGUGACUGUCUUCAGUACCCAUUUCAUGGAUGAAGCAGACAUUAUAGCUGAUCGGAAAGCUGUGAUUUCUCAAGGAAUGCUGAAAUGUGUUGGCUCCUCUUUCUUCCUUAAAACCAAAUGGGGAAUUGGCUACCGUUUGAGUAUGCACAUAGACAGGUACUGUAACACAGAAGGUACAGCAUCAUUGGUCAGACAACAUAUCCCUGGAGCCAGUUUGUUAAAACAGAAUGAAGAGCAACUUGUAUAUGCCUUACCUUUUAAAGACAUGGACAAGUUUUCAGCAUUAUUUUCUGAUCUGGACACUCAUUCCCAUUUGGGUGUAAUCUCCUAUGGGGUUUCCAUGACAACCUUGGAAGAUGUAUUCCUCAAACUAGAAGUUGAAGCUGAAAUUGACCAAGCAGAUUUCAGUGUAUUUAACCCACAGCAAGCUGAAGAUGAAAUAGAUGCAAAAUCUAUCAGUGAAUUAGAGCAAAGCCUUCUGAUACUAUCUGAAACAAAAUCUUGUGCAGUGAGCAAUAAGUCUCUGUGGAAAAAGCAGGUCUCAACUAUGGCAAAGGUUCAUUUCCUUAGUUUACAACGUGAAAUUAAAUCCGCGACUGCAGUGUUCUUGCUGUUCACAUUGUUUCUUGUUGUUCAGAUUCUUUUAUUUCUUAUACGGCAUUACUUAAAAAAUGCUGUGGUACUUGUAAAACUCUCCCCUGAUUUGUACUUCCUUAAGCCAAAAGAUGUUUAUCACAAAUACAAAACGAGUCUCCUCAUUCAAAACUCCACUGAAUCAGAUAUUGAGGACAUCAUCAGAUCACUUAGAAGCCAAAAUAUACUGACGGAGAUCUUCAAUGCCAGUAAUUAUGUAUCAUCUGUGCACCACACUACAGCAUUGAAUGGAAGUGGUUAUGUUUCAGUGGCCCCCCACAGUGGAGCAAUAAAUGUCUUUCAUACAGACAAUAGCUACACCUUCACAGUUGCUUUUAACCGUACCAUGGUACAUUCUUUACCUGCUAUGAUGAAUGUUAUUAGUAACCUCUAUCUGCGCAGCUUAAAUGUAACUGAAAGCAUCAAUAUCUGGAGUAGCCCUUUCUUUCAAGAAUUUACUGAUACAUUUUCCACAGUAGUGCUUUAUUUUGGAGCUGUCUUAUUGGGAAUCAUUGUAACUGGAAUGCCACCAUAUUUUGCCAUGGAGAAUGCAGAAAAUCACAAGAUUAAAGCCUACACUCAGUUGAAGAUUUCGGGUCUUUAUCCUUCUGCUUACUGGUGUGGACAAGCAAUAGUUGACAUUCCUUUAUUUUACAUUAUUCUCUUUCUCAUGAUAGGAAGCUUGUUCGUAUUUCACCAUGAAGUUUAUUUUUUUCCGGAGAAGUUUCUUGCUGUGGUCUUUUCUUUUAUUGGCUAUGUACCUUCAGUAAUUCUGUUCACUUACAUUGUGUCCUUUACCUUUAAAACCAUACAGAACACUAAAGAAUUUUGGUCAUUCAUUUUUUCAGUGGCAGCCUUGGUUUGUUCUUUUGUAAUUGAACUAGUUUCCUUUAUGUGGUGUUAUACAGCAGCUGCUGUUCUUCACACUUGUUUUUCUAUCUUCAUUCCAAUCUAUCCUCUUAUUGGGUCUCUGAUUUGUUUUAUAAAGAUAACCCAGAAACUUGAUCACAUGAUGGAAAGAAAUUCAGAAAGAUUGUUGGUUUCAGUAAUAGCGCCUUAUUUGCAAUGUGUAGUGUGGCUCUUUCUUCUACGGUAUCUUGAGGUGAAAUAUGGUGGCAAAUCGAUAAGAGAGGAUCCGUUUUUCCGACCGCUCCUAAAACCAAAACCAUGGAAAUUCCCAGAUGUGCCACAUGAUGAGGAUGAGGAUGAAGAUGUUAAGGCAGAGAGGUUGAGGGUUAAGGAGAUGACAACCUGCCAGAGUUGUGAGGAGAAACCAGCCAUUUUGGUCAGCAGUUUGCAUAAAGAAUUUGAUGAAAAGAAAGAUUUUCUUCUUGGAAGAAAAAUAAAGAAAGUGGCAACUAAUCAUGUCUCUCUUUGUGUAAAAAAAGGGGAAAUACUAGGGUUGUUGGGCCCCAGUGGAGCUGGGAAAAGUACGCUGAUUAAUAUGCUGGUGGGAGAAAUUGAACCAACUUCAGGCCAGAUGCUGAUGGGGGAUUAUUCUUUCGGUGACAACAGUGAGGAUAAUUCCAUGAGAUUUGUGGGAUACUGUCCACAGACAAACCCACUUUGGCCAGAUAUUACAUUGCAGGAGCAUUUUGAAAUAUAUGGUGCCAUCAAAGGAAUGCAUGAGAGUGAUAUGAAAGAAGUCAUUAAAUGCAUCUCCAGUGCACUUGAUUUCGAGGAACAUCUCCAGAAAAAGACAAAGAAGCUUGCAGCAGGAAUAAAACGAAAGUUAUGUUUUGCCUUAAGUAUGCUUGGGAAUCCUUAUGUUACUCUAUUAGAUGAACCAUCUACAGGUAUGGACCCUAAAGCAAAACAGCACAUGUGGAAAGCAAUACGAGCAGCCUUUAAAACUAGAGAGAGAGCAGCUAUUCUGACUACUCAUUAUACAGAAGAAGCAGAUGCAGUGUGUGAUCGAGUGGCAAUCUUGGUGUCUGGAAAGCUAAGGUGUAUUGGCACAGUUCAACACCUCAAGAGUAAAUUUGGCAGAGGAUACUUCUUAGAAAUUAAAUUAAAAGGAAUGCCAGAUACAAAUCAGAAGGAACGUCUUCAAAGGGAGAUUUUGCACAUCUUUCCAAAUGCAAAUCGUCAGGAAAGUUUUGCAUCGAUUUUGGCUUAUAAAAUACCCAAGGAAGAUGUCCUCUCACUUGCACUGUCGUUUUCUAAACUGGAAGAAGCAAAACAUGCCUUUAAUAUUGAAGAGUACAGCUUCUCUCAAGCAACACUGGAACAGGUGUUUGUUGAGCUUGCCAAAGAACAAGAAGAGGAAGACAGCAGCUUUGGAACAUUAAACAGUACACUUUGGUGGGAAAGGUCCCAGGGAGAUAAAGUGGUUUUCUGAUAUGUUCAGUAAGAUAAAAUUCAAUAGCUGUCAUCCUCUGGGGGGGGGGUGUGUUAGUGUUGUUUUUGUGGAAUGUAUGCCGAGCACUAUGAGUUGGCAGCAUAUUUCAAAGCACUUGCAAGUAUAAAGAAUAUUGGAUUCCCGCAUCUUGGAAAAAAUGCAAAAUAGAGCCUCUUCACCUUCUUUGCCUUAUGUCAAUACUAUAAAUGUUUCGAACUGUCUCUUUUUAUUGAUAUAUGACUUGUUCUUUUUCCAUAAAAAUAAUAAUCACAAUUAAUUUUCUUCAUUUUGUUUGGCUUUAUGUAAAAUUUAAUCAUUUGGGGCAAUUUGCGCUUUCCUUUUUUGGACACACACAUGCUGAAUUUCAACAGCCAUACAGCAUAUAAUACCUGCAAUAUUAAUGAGCUACUACAAAUUUCAUUAAAAUUAGGUUAUAAAUUAUUUACAUAUGCUGCCUUUCUGUAGUUUGAUGCAUAUUUUCAUCAGAAGACACAGAGCCUUUUGUGACAUGCAACAUAAUGGCUAUUGGUUUAGUAAUGACCUAACUCAUAUUUUGCAGUGUUUGCAACUUUACCAGUUCCCUAUACACUUUGUCUUUAUCUAAGUACAAUAACUUAGCAGUCAUUGUUUAGGUGGCUUGCACCUCAGGUACACCUUAACUUUUAAUAAGCCACCAAAUGGAAUACUUUGAACUCAAUCUGUGGCUGUGAUCACACAUGUUAAAUAAUCCACUUUCAAUCCACUUUGAAUGCACUUUCCAACU